AAUAGACUUUAUACUGUACUUCGUAACUGGAAUGCAAAAAACACCUACAAGCGAAAAGAAGUAACAAAAAUGGAGUUCUGCCAUUCUAAACAGGCGGCGGAACUAGGUGUUACCCAAGUGAUCAUCAUGAGGAGGAAACCAUGAAGCUGGAUGGUUCUCAACGUAAGAUAAGCCCUUUAGUGGAUUUCCCCCAGAUGGUCUGGGAACUCAGAAGAAACACAACUGACCUCUGCUGAGACUUGCCUUUCCUUGCGAAACUCAGGUGUUCAUGGACCAUAUGUAAAUGAAGAUCAUAUGCUGUCCUUAAACAGCUUCCCGUCUGCAACUAGACAUUCCAAAGGCUCCCACGCCAUCACCAGGAUGGACAGAGGCGUCCACUAUCCCUCCAGGGAGGAGAAGCAGGGCAGUCCAGAUGUGGCACACCUGGAAGCCAGCGAGUUUCAGAUGCAGGUGGACUUCUUCCGCAAGCUGGGCUACUCGGUUGAUGAGGUGGUGGCGGUUCUCCACAAGCUAGGCGUCAACGCCGACACCAAUACGGUGCUGGGUGAGCUGGUCAGGUGUGGGGCCACAGCUUCAGAAAGGGAAGGGGUCACUGGAUCCCCCACUGGCCCCGUCUUAGUUUCUCGAGGGGGCAGCUCAGCCAGAACCCCCUCCAGCCUAUCAGCCUCCCCACCGCCACCCCCCGAAGAGGACGAGGAGGAGGGUGGUCACUUGAAACCGAUCGUGAUCGACGGAAGCAAUGUUGCCAUGAGCCAUGGAAAUAAGGAAGUGUUUUCCUGCCGGGGGAUUCAGCUCGCAGUGAACUAUUUUCUGGAGCGGGGCCACAGCGACAUUACAGUAUUUGUGCCUUCGUGGAGAAAAGAACAGCCCAGGCCUGAUGUACCCAUAACAGACCAGCACAUCUUGCGAGACCUGGAGCGGAAGAAGAUUGUGGUGUUCACGCCCUCCCGCCGGGUGGGGGGGAAGCGGGUGGUCUGUUACGACGACCGCUUCAUCGUCAAGCUGGCUCACGAGUCCGACGGCAUCAUCGUGUCCAACGACACCUACCGCGACCUGCAGAGCGAGCGGCCCGAGUGGAGGCGCUUCAUAGAGGAGCGCCUGCUGAUGUAUUCCUUCGUCAACGACAAAUUUAUGCCUCCUGAUGAUCCACUUGGACGCCAUGGUCCCAGCUUGGAUAAUUUCCUCAGGAAGAAACCCCUGGUCCAGGAAUUAAAACGACAGCACUGUCCAUAUGGGAAAAAGUGCACAUAUGGAAUCAAAUGUAAGUUCUAUCACCCGGAGCGGAUCAACCAGACCCAGCGUUCAGUGGCGGAUGAACUCCGGGAGAAUGCUAAGCUAUCAGCUGUGAGGGCUGGGACUCCUGCCAGCUCCCUGAAGGAUGACAAGAAGCCCGCCUUGUCCCACAAAUCCCCGCAUCCGGAACACAGCUCCGUGUUUUCUCUGGAACAGGAUAUCGAACAGAAGCUGACACUUGAUCGACGCAACUCUUUAAGGAAGGGUCAUGUGACUGAAAACGUGGUUGUGCUCAGAGGAAUGCCCUCAGGCAGAAAGCCUUCCAAAAAGAUCCCCUUUAGCCAAUCAGAAUGGUCCAGCCAUCCAUCUGCUACCAAUAUGGACUCCUUUGUCUUUAACUCUCAAGAGCAUCUGGAUUCAGGCCUGGGAUCUUAUGAGAGCCAGUAUUCUGAAAUGUCCAGAGGUCAGGCAUGUCAUUCCGAGUCUUAUGUGACCGAACAAAGAGCACCCUGCUGCUGUCUCGGCAACAGGCAAGUCUAUUUGCACUCUAACAACCCAGAGAGGCAUGACAGCUACCAGCAGUACAGCUGCUGCUCUCAUAAAGCAAUGUCAGCUGGUGCAAAUCUCCAGCCAUUCAAUCAGGAUUUGUCCAGCUCCCAAAAUCCCAAUAUUCUCGGACGUGGCCAGCACUGCUUUUCAGCUUAUGGGAGGCCUACAUACCCAGCUGCUGUAAAUCGCUAUAGCCUCCCGAAUGAGUACAGCCCAGGUGUUGUCCAUGCUCAGGAAUACUGGUCCGAUCCAUUCCAAGUAGCUCCACAGUCUAGAUCGGGCAGCCUUCAGGACCACAGAAUGCCUCAACACAUAACAGGUCCAGUAUCUAAUGACCAGCACCAGUGGCCUCAGCCUCAUGGUAACUAUGACAAGGACAGGGAGGAGGUCCGUAAGAAGCUGCUUGCCAUCUUUAACCCCUAUCAAGUAGACAAAGUUAUGAGCAUAUUCCCUUACCUGCUGGAUCCCCAGAGACUUGCUGCUGAAAUAUUAACCCUCAAGUCACAGGGUGGAUGUUUUUGAACAUCGGGUGCUUUGUCUGACCUUGGAAUACCCCCUCUGCAUUUCAGAGUGUCUCGGCAUGUUUUUUUAUCAUAGUAUUUUGAAGCUUGGGAUUUUACUAGCAUGUGAUCUUCAGUUACCACUUGCUUGAGAUAGAUUACAAUAGUAGUUGCCUUCUAGUCUGAGGAUUGCUUGCAGUAAGAGCAGCUCGUUGUAUAAGAAGAGGCAAUAUUAGUGGGAAAUUUAUCUUGCCAUUCAGUUAUAUUUGUAGAAUGUAGAAUUCAGGUGAAAAAUCACUUCCUGGCCUGUUAUAAAAAUAAAUUUAAUGCUUUUACAGGAGCUUUUCUCGUAACCAGGAAAUAAGUGGUUACAUGUUGAUACAUAUUGUAUCUUUAAUGACUUUAUUCUUCAUGAACAGUCACAUUUGACUGGCAGAAUUGUUGAAAACAGUUUUGGUGUGGUCUCUUUACAACCUGUGUUUGUGUACAACUACCAGCUAUUUAAUUUGUUCAGAAAAAGAAAAAAAAAAUAUAUAAAGAACAUUUGUCCCCUGUGUUCCUCAGUAUUAAAUAGCUAGCAUCUUUUGUAUUAUGUAGGAAGGCGGGGAUGUUGGGUAAAUUCAUAGAUUACAUGUAGAGCUGUGGAAAAUACAGUAUGCUGCUUCACAAAAAAGCUCCCUUAGUUUUUCCUUUGGGAGGGGGUAAAUUUCAUUUUCAUAAUAAUGUGGUAUCAAAACAAAUCCUAAAAAUUAAACAUUUGCCUGUCUGUGAAUCAAAGUUCUCUUGGCAUAGGCUGAUUUGGAGGUAAUUAAGGAGCUACAGUAUGCAGGACUCAAACUUAUUUUGAUUUUCGUUGCAAAUGUUUUCUGCAGCAGUCAUGGUUACUGGGUUUUUCCUCAAGAAUCAUGUUGUUCACCUUUAUUGGCACUGUGUGUCAAGCUAGAAGUUACCGGAAACAGUUACCUAAUGAGGUAAAUCAAGUAAAUUUGUCAAUUGUAAAGCAUUACAUGAAAGUAAUGAGUUCGUAUGUGUAAGCAAGCAGCUUUUUAAUGUUUUAUAUACAGUAUGUAUACGGAGACAAGUGCAUCAUUAUAAGUGUUUCAAUGCUGUCAAAAACCAAAUGUAAGUUUUACAAAUCUUGAAAGAAUGUUUUUGGAUCAUUUUAAAGUAAUGUAGCUCUCUUGCUGUAGAGCACCUUAUUGAAAACUAUGCCAGUUUCUCUCCUUGCCAUUGAAAAGAGAUGCUACUUUAACAUGUUUGACAAAAAGCAUGCUCUUCACUUGUUGUUUUCUUUGAGUUUUAUAUUGAUUGCUGACGUUACAUGUUUAUACAUAAAUGUUGUGACUUUUUGAUGUUUUAUUGGGAUCUAUCAAUAAAGCAUUAACUUCCCA